UAGAGUCAGAACACACAGGGAGCGGCAGAGAGAAAGUCUUCGGCGAAUCAACUCUCUCUCCCCUGUCACCGUCAUGACUCCAUUAUUGUUCCUGUUUUUCCUUCUUUCGGAAGCAGCUUGUGACCUACAAGUGGUAACAGUGCACCCUGGAGAUGAUGUCAUUCUGCCAUGUCUGGCUGCUGAUUCCUCCAUCAGUGUUGUAGAGUGGAGCAGAGCUGACCUGGAGCCAGACUACGUCCUCUUAACCAUCGAUGGACACUUAAAACCCAACCAACAGCAUCCAUCCUUUAAGGACAGGGUGGACCUGGUGGACAGAGAUCUGAAGGACGGAAACGUGUCUUUAAUUCUGAAGAAUGUGAACAUCAAUGACAUUGGAACAUACGAGUGUCGAGUUAAACCAGACGAUUCAAGACGUAAAAAAAGAGCAAUCAUCAACUCUGAGCCAAUCAGAACCAUCCGUCUGCAGGUUACAGACCCAGACCUGAUUGUGGUACUAGCUGGACAGGAUGCCACUCUGCCAUGUUGGGCUGCUGAUUCCUCCAUCAGAGCUGUAGAGUGGACCAGACCUGACCUGGAGCCAGAGUACGUCCUCUUUUAUAGCGAUGGAUACUUGGAAACCGACGAACAGAAUCCAGACUUUAAGGACAGGGUGGACCUGGUGGACAGAGAUCUGAAGGAUGGAGACAUGUCUUUAACUCUGAAGAAUGUGAGCAGCAUUGACAACGGAACAUAUGAGUGUCGGGUUGCAUCAGCUGAUUUCAGACGUAAAAAGAGAGCCAACAUCGACUCUGAGCCAAUCAGAAUCAUCCGUCUGCAGGUUCCAGAGCCAGCAGGUUCUAACAGUGGAAGCUCCAUGGAUGAAAACUCCAUGAAUGCUGUCCCUGAGGAUAGAAACUCCUCUCCUGUAGGUCGAUACCGUGGACUGGCAGCAGGUGUUGCAGGUGGACUGUUUCUUUUAGCUGUUGCAGUGGUUGGUGUCCUGAUAUAUAGAAGACCUAACACCCCAUCAGUCCCUCCUACUACUACUGAUGAAGCGCCCGCCACUACGCUUGUUUGACAACUCACAGGGACUAGAAAUAGUCUCUGUUGCUUUUUAAAAAUUUUGAGAUUUGAAAGAAUUAAUUAGAUUUUUAUUUCGACAACCUAAAAUAUAUAUAUUUAUUUGAUUAACAAGUAAAUUAAUCUAUUUGGCAGUUUCAUACAUCAGUGUUUCCCGGUCAUUUAAAUUAACGCCACAUAUCCAUUCCAGUGUUUUGCCUGUAAUUUUGGGGUCACUCAGGCUGUGGCAGGCAGAUACAUAUUUAGCUGUCAGUAGAGCUGCUGUCCCUUCUCCUAGGAGAACUUCCAGCUUC